UCAGUCGACAUUCAGCCGUCUCUAAGCAUGUGUACACGUCGAAAAAUUUUGGCCUGUUUCGAAGUGCUGUAAAACAGAUGAAACUAUCUUAAUUUGAAUUGUGCAAAAUGGAAUCACUUUCUGAAGGAAUCCUGAAACCAAAGCGCCAUGGAGAUGAGUAUAUCAACCGAAAAGGGAAACCUACUCUAAAUGUGCAAGCCACUUGUGAUCCAGAGAGAUGUUCACAAGUGUUGAUGUCGCAAUCAAGGAAUCAAGCAAUCAAGCAAUUAAGCAAUCAAGCAAUCACGCAAGCAAGCAGUCGAGCAAUCGAGCAAUCAAGCAAUCACGUAAUCAAGAAGUCGAGCAAUCGAGAAUCAAGCAAUCAAAUGAUUAAGCGAUCAAGCGGUCAAGCGAUCAAGCAAUCAAGGAAUCAGACAAUCAAGCAAUCAAGCAGUCAAGCUACCGAGCUAUCAAGCUGUCAAACAAUCAAGUUAUCAAGUAAUCAAGCAAUCAAGCAAUCACGCAAUCAAAUGACUAAGCGAUCAGGCGGUCAAGCGAUCAAGCGGUCAAGCGAUCAAGCAAUCAGGCAAUCAAGCAAUCAAGCUACCGAGCUAUCAAGCUGUCAAACAAUCAAGUAA